ACAAUAGCCAAUGAAAUGCCGCCGAUGACGCACCGCCCAAUGCUGCAGGAGAGAUUAAAAAUCCCCUGCAAAAGUGUCUAACCAUUCUGUUGAAGAACUCAAGACAGGAAACCCGAGAAAAUGGCAAGAACCAAGCAGACGGCUCGUAAAUCCACCGGAGGCAAAGCCCCGAGGAAGCAGCUCGCCACCAAAGCCGCCCGUAAGAGCGCUCCAGCCACCGGCGGCGUCAAGAAGCCUCACCGCUACAGGCCCGGCACCGUGGCUCUGCGAGAGAUCCGUCGCUACCAGAAGUCCACCGAGCUGCUGAUCCGCAAGCUGCCCUUCCAGCGUCUGGUGCGAGAGAUCGCUCAGGACUUCAAGACGGACCUGCGCUUCCAGAGCUCCGCCGUCAUGGCCCUGCAGGAGGCCAGCGAGGCUUAUCUGGUCGGUCUGUUCGAGGACACCAACCUGUGCGCCAUCCACGCCAAGAGAGUCACCAUCAUGCCCAAAGACAUCCAGCUGGCCCGCCGCAUCCGCGGAGAGCGCGCUUAAACUCAACGCUGUUUUACACCGUAAACAACAAAGGCUCU